CGCGGUAUCUUGUGCAACAUGGGCGUCGCCGAGGUUGUCGUCGCCGGCGGCGCGCGCAUGCUCGGACUCUCGUUCCUGCAGAAGGGCGGUACGUUCGUCAUGAACAUGCUCACGCUCCGUCGCUUGCCAGUACACCUCUCGGGCGUGAGCCUCUCGCUCGAGCUUGUCCUCUCCACGACCUUCAUCGUGCGCGAAGGUCUGCGGCUGGCAUCGCUCCGCGAAGAGAACCUCUCGGAGGCCAUUUCGCUUCGAAAGCUGCUCAACACGGCGUGGAUCUCGGCCUUAGUGGGCAUUCUAUGCACGUUGGCCGCAGCCUUAUGCAUGGCGCCUCGCCUGUACGACACGACCGCUGGUGACUACGCUGCCUUCCAGACGUCCCUGUGGCUCUUUUGCCUCUCGGCCGCGAUCGAGUACCUUACCGAGCCACUGUACAUUGUUGCGAACGCGAGUCUCAACUUUCCGCUGCGCGUGCAGGCGCAAGGCUGGGGCUUCUUCACCAAGGCCGUUGUCCAGGUUGUCCUCGUCGUUGUCUUUGACAUGGGCAUGAUCGCCUUUGGCUUCUCGCAAGUGGCGUUUGCAAUCGUACACGGUCUUGUUUAUCUGCGGCACUACUACCUGCAGCUGGGCGCUCCAAGCUUCCCGCUCACGUCCAUUCUCGAGCUAUUGCCGUCGCCGCGCGUGCCGUUGAACCUCCCGCUGCUGACGCUCUGGGCGACGCUCUUUCUGCAGUCGUGCCUCAAGUACCUCUUGACCGAAGGCGACAAACUCAUUCUAUCCGCAUUCGAGUCCUACCAGAGCAUGGGGGCGUACUCGGUCGCGUUCAACAUCGGGUCGCUUGCGCCGCGUCUGCUCUUCCUGCCAAUCGAAGACGCGAGCAAGGCGAUGUUCAGCAAGCUUCUCGCGGUGCCCGUCUCAACGUCCAGCAAAGCCGAGGCGCGCACGUGGCUGUUGCGAGUGCUUCAAGGCAUGACGUACGUCGGCCUCAUCUUUGUGUGCUUUGGCACCAAUUAUGCCCGCACGGCGCUGUACCUCCUUGCGGGCUACGACAAGGCGCAGGGCGAUACGCCAGUCGUCCUCGCCAUGUACUUUGUCUACGUCUACUUCCUCGGUCUCAACGGUAUCUGCGAAGCCUUCGUCCACGCGGUCGGUGACAAGACUGCGCUCCAGCGACUGAACUCGUACCUCGUGUUAUGUUUUGUCGCCACGACUGCAAGCGCUGUCGGGCUUUUGCACGUCGCGCAGCUCGGCAUCGUCGGCAUCGUCCUCGCCAACUGCAUCAACAUGACGCUCCGCAUCGGCUACUGUCUCUGGUACAUGGUCGGCUUCUUCCAGGACACGACCAUCGCCAACCUAUUUCUCGAGACGCUGCCGCCAUGGCAAGUCAGCAUUGGCUUCGUUGCUGCCAUGGGUCUCACGUUCGUCAGCGAAGGCGUCGCUCGCGGACCGAGCCUCGCUCCCCAUGCGCUCCACGUUGGCGUCGGUGGCAGUCUCUUUUUGGUCGUUUUGGUUUUGGUGUGGCGCUUUGAUCCGUCGUUUGUGCAGUUGCUCUUGCGCAAGAAGACCAAGAUGGCCUAG